UGCAGGCUGUGUACACAUUUAUUUUUAAUUUUUAAAUGAUUUGUUUAUUUUGAAAGUAUUAAGUAAAAUAGCUUUAAAUUGUGAUGUUAAAAACGUGUGCCCCUGCGAGACAUGUCGAUCCGACCAGUGUCACCUUUUCAGUAUUCACUGAAAAAGAUAUUCGAGACUUUAGUGUUCUUCAAAUUGUUACCCCCUUAACUUUGGACUCGCUCGGGCAUCCUGUUUUGGGGGGAUUGUAUGAUCAUCGAUUAGGACCAUGUGGAGAUCGUACCCUUCCCUGUGGCACUUGCAACAAAAACUCCACAUUUUGCCCAGGCCAUUUCGGAUUUAUUGACCUACCGGUGCCAUGUGAAAACCCUCUAUUUCAUAAAGUCAUUGGUACUCUCUUACGUUCCUGUUGCCUGUCGUGCUACAAAUUGCAAUUAACAGAAGAAAGCAGAAACAAAAUUCAAGCUCUGACUGAACAAGAAGAUGGCGAACUUGUGCAAAUGGCUGUUGUUAAAUUAAUCACAGAGGAAAUCAAAUCAGGAAAAUUGUGUAUUUUCUGCAAAGAGUCUGUAGAUAAAAUAACGGUUUUGGCUAAUAGAAUUUUAAUUAUUACCCGAAAACAAGACAAACAUGAGGAUUUAAGAGGUCCUAUGAACAAAUUGGCGGUUUUAGAAUCCAAAUAUGUGAAUCCUUCCGAAUCUAGAAAUUAUUUGAGGGAAAUUUGGAAAAAUGAAGAAGAUUUAAUUAGGAUAACUGUGCCUGUAUUAAAUAAUAUUGACUCCCUAUAUCCUACUGAUGCAUUUUAUUAUGAUGUCAUUCCUGUUCCUCCCUCAAACGUCAGACCAGUUAACUACCUUAACGGAAGAGUGUUAGAAAACCCUCAAACCACAGUAUACAAAAACAUCCUGACAAACGCAUUGGUUAUGAAUCAUUUAAUUAAGGUAGUGCAAAAGAAAGGGGAUUUAAAUGUUUUGGCAUCCAAGGAAGCCAAAGAAUUUUAUGAAGCGGCAAAGGGUAAGGAUCCUCUGGAGAAAUUAAAUAAUUGCUGGGAGGAUUUACAAGGAGAUGUGAAUGGGUUGCUGUCAAAAGAUUCGGGAAGAAGUAGAGAGGGCAUAGGACUUAAGCAGAUUAUUGAGAAAAAACAAGGUAUAAUCAGGCAACAUAUGAUGGGAAAAAGAGUAAACUUCGCAGCUAGAUCCGUCAUAACCCCAGAUCCCAAUUUGGACGUUGGCGAGCUUGGAAUCCCCGAAGUUUUCGCUAAAAAACUAACUUACCCUGUACCAGUAACUCCUUGGAAUGUCGAGCAGUUGAGGGAACUGAUCAAAAACGGCCCAGAUGUUCAUCCCGGUGCAGUGCUUGUGGAAAUGGAAGAUGGUUUUGUCAAAAGAAUUAAUGCUAAAGAUAAAGUACAGCAGGAGAGUUUGCUAAAGAUUCUCUUAACACCUCAUAACCAACGAAGAAAAGGGUUUCAAGGAGUCAAAAUCGUUCAUAGACAUCUACAAAACGGGGACAUCCUUUUGCUCAACAGGCAACCCACUUUACAUAAACCCUCUAUUAUGGCUCAUAGGGCCAGGAUUUUAAAGGGCGAGAAAACCUUGAGGUUACAUUAUGCCAAUUGCAAGGCCUACAAUGCAGAUUUUGAUGGUGACGAAAUGAACGCACAUUUUCCUCAAGACGAAGUGGCUAGAAGCGAAGGAUAUAACAUUGCUGAAGUGGCUCAGCAAUAUUUGGUACCCAAGGAUGGAACCCCUCUCAGCGGCCUUAUACAAGAUCACAUGAUUGCUGGUGUACACUUGUCAAUAAGAGGAAGAUUUUUUGGCAGGACUGACUAUCACCAGCUAGUCUUCCAAGCCCUUUCUCACAAAACCGACGAAAUAAUAUUGUUACCUCCUGCCAUUUUAAAACCUGCCCCAUUUUGGUCUGGUAAACAAGUUUUAUCAACAGUUAUCAUAAAUGUUAUCCCCAAAGGACAUGCACCUAUUAAUUUGACAUCCACAUCGAAAAUUUCAGCUAAGGCUUGGCAGAAGGAAAAAGAGAGAAAUUGGAAAGCUGGAGGAACACCUUUAAGAAAUUCCAAUGAUAUGAGUGAAGCAGAAGUUAUAAUAAGAGGAGGAGAAUUGCUAAACGGGAUCUUAGACAAAACCCAUUAUGGAGCCACACCAUUUGGUUUGGUGCAUUGUAUUUACGAGCUGUAUGGUGGCAGCUAUGCCAUAAGGCUUUUGAGUUCUCUAGCUAAAAUAUUUACAAGAUUCCUGCAACAAGAGGGAUUCACUUUGGGCGUGCACGAUAUCCUUACCCUUCAACCGGCAGAUAAAGAACGCAAAAAAAUUAUCAGUGAGUCAAGAAAAAUUGGUAAAGAAGCUAUAGCAAAUGCCUUAGAAGUGGAAAACUCCAUGAGCAUAGAAGAAAUGGCUGAAAAGAUUGAGGAACGUUGUGCCGUAGAUGCAAAAUUUAGACAAAUAAUCGAUAGAUCAUACAAGACUUCCUUGGAUUCGUUUACGAACGCAAUUAAUAAAUGCUGUCUUCCUGCCGGAUUAAUUUGUAAAUUUCCUGAAAAUAAUUUGCAAUUGAUGGUACAGUCUGGCGCGAAAGGAUCGACGGUAAAUACUAUGCAAAUUUCUUGUUUGCUCGGGCAAAUCGAGUUGGAAGGCAAGAGACCACCUGUUAUGAUUUCAGGUAAAUCAUUGCCAAGUUUCCCAGCCUUUGAAUUCACUCCGAGAGCCGGAGGCUUCAUAGAUGGUCGUUUCAUGACCGGAAUUCAACCUCAAGAAUUUUUCUUCCAUUGCAUGGCUGGUAGAGAAGGACUUAUUGAUACUGCUGUAAAAACUAGUAGAAGUGGAUAUUUACAGAGGUGCCUUAUAAAACAUUUGGAAGGUUUACAUGUUGGUUAUGAUUUAACGGUUCGAAACAGCGAUCAAAGUGUAGUGCAAUUUUUAUAUGGAGAGGAUGGUAUGGACAUAUUUAAAAGUCAAUUUUUCGACGAGAAGCAGUUGCAAUUUUUACAAGACAACUCCAAAUGUAUCAUUCAGAAAGAUAUUUUGAAAAAACUAGAAGAAGAUGAAGAUCAAAAGUUGAUUGCUGAGUACAAAUUGAAGGUGCAAACUUGGAUAGAGAAAAAUGGACAUCCCUUGCAAAAAGAAAAAAUUUCUUCCUUUGCACAUUUUUCUGAACAACUAAAUAAACAAUUUGGAAAGGUGGUUAAAAGGAAAAAAACUGAAAAAAUGUGGCUGGAAGCAUCGGAUGAAUUAAAACAAACUAUUAAAAGCCAAUUAACAUGCCCCGAUCCCCUGAACUCGGUUUUUCAAGCAGAUCACCACUAUGGAGUUCUUAAUGAACGCCUAGAGUCAAUGAUGAAUAAAUUUGUUGAAGGCAAGAAGAAAAAAGCUAAAAAACAGUUUGAAAAAAUGUUUCAGUUGAAGGGGAUGCAAAGUAUGUGUGCCCCUGGCGAACCAGUUGGAUUAUUAGCUGCACAAUCUGUUGGUGAACCUUCAACUCAGAUGACCCUGAACACCUUCCAUUUCGCUGGUAGAGGAGAAAUGAACGUCACCCUUGGUAUUCCUCGUUUAAGAGAAAUCUUGAUGAUGGCAUCUAAAAAUAUCAAAACCCCUUGCAUGGAAAUACCUUUUAAACCCAUUCCUAAUUUAGAACAAAGAUCUAUGGAGCUUAGAAAGCGACUCACUAGGGUCGUAGUGGGAGAUAUUUUGGAGAAAAUCGAUGUUUCAGUAUCGUUGGAAUUACGCCCAACAAGGCAUCACUCUUAUACAUUGAAGUUCCAAUUUCUACCAGAGAAGUGCUACAAUGAGGACUAUUUGACCUCUACAAAAUUAAUCUUAAAGCACAUGAAAAAGAUAUUCUUCAAAGAGAUGUUUAUUGCCAUAGCGAAAGUAUCCAAGGUUAAAUCAAAUUUAGUAUCUAUGCAAGAAGCUCCAAAAGAUACCUUUGGUCAAGGUGAUGAUAGUGACGAUGAAGAGGAUGCUGGAAGUAAAGCAAAAUCUAAAAAUAAGAGGCCUAGAGUAGAAGCAGAUAGUUCUGAUGAUGAGGUUGAAGAUCAGGAAGAUGCCAAGCUAACCAAUAAACAUCAGGAGCAGCAGGAAGAUCAAGAACCAGAGGAUGAGGAAGAGAAAAAAGAUGCUCAAAGCGAUGACGAAAUGGAAGAUCCUGACAAGCCCCAAACCUCCGAGGACACAGACAAGUCUGUAGUGGAGAACUACUCGUUCGCUAAUUCGUACAAAGAUGACAAAAAGCAUCAUUGGUGUGAGUUGAUGUUUAGUUUGCCCAUGAACUAUAAAAAACUUGACUUGACUGCCAUUUUGAGAGACGUGGCCAGCAAAAGCGUCAUUUGGGAAACACCGAAUAUUAAAAGAGCGAUUACGUAUAUGAAAGAUCAAGAGCUUAUGAUGAGAACUGAUGGGAUUAAUGUGGGAGAGAUGUGCAAGUAUCAUGAUUUGCUGGAUUUGAAUAGGCUAUAUUGCAAUGAUAUCCAUAAAAUGGCGCUGACAUAUGGGAUUGAAGCAGCUUCAAAAAUUAUUGUAAAAGAAGUUAAAGACGUCUUCAACGUCUACGGUAUCAAAGUAGACCCGCGACAUCUAUCACUUAUAGCUGAUUAUAUGACAUUCAAUGGUUCCUUUGAGCCUUUGAGCAGAAAAGGAAUGGAAACUAGUUCGUCACCUUUGCAACAAAUGUCUUUCGAAUCAUCUUCACAGUUUUUGAAAACAGCUAUUAUCAAAGGUAAGAGCGAUGAUUUGCAAAAUCCUUCCAGUAGCUUGAUGUUGGGAAAACCGUGUAAUACUGGCACUGGGUCAUUUACUCUACUACAAAAAAUACCAGACUUAUGUUUUUGAUUUUAAGUUAAUAAAAUUAAAUUGAAGUUUUA